UUUCUGGUAUUUUCCCAGAGUGCACUGAAGAGUGAUAGUAGAAGUAAAUAUUGAGCAAGGAGAAGUCAUCAUUACACAAUUAUUUGGUUUAUGAUUUUCUAAAACGAAAUAGGAUUUUCACAACUUAUGCGGGAAUGUACGUAGUGUUGUUAAUUCUUGCGGCUUUAGCCGUAAAUUCUGCUAGUAAAUUGGAACCAUCAGCGAAACCUUCGGAAGUCGUGGACGGAAAGACGAGUCAUAAUGAAAAUGCGACUACUAUCAACGAUAAGGUAGAAAAUAGUCGUUCAAAUGAAACUGCUCAAGCACCUUCUUGGAUUUUAACCAUGAAUAGUGGAGCUGCUAUGAGAACCUUCUACGUGGUUGCCUUCGUUAUGUCCACUGUUGUUAUUUAUUUUAUUAUUAGAGCUGUUAGAUUGCGACGUCGAAAAAGCAAGUCGAGAAAAUAUGGUGUUAUUACUUCAACUUCGGCAUUAGAAAUGGAACCACUAGAAAAAGGAGAUGACGAUGAUGAUGAAGAUACAACAUUAUUUGAUGUGCAUCAUCAUAAUAAAUAUGGACAGAAGUGAAACAGUUUUUUGGCAAGUCAUUUAUUUAUUU